AUGGCGGCUGCGGCGAUACUGGACGAUGUGGAAAGCCGCUGUAAAGAAAACAUUCUCAUGAAACGAUGGAAUCAUAUAUCCUUCCAAUAGUAUCGAUCUCUCGACUUUUGGGACCUGUGGAAAUUCGACUGCGAAGUCGUUUUCCUUAUAUACAUUUCCUUUACUACGUGACUAGCAGAAACUCGCGAACAAUAAGCUUUCAGCAACCCUGUUUACGACUUUUUUUGUACGAUGCGUCCGUCCCAGGGAUCCGUCCUCCUCACAAAUCAGAAUUUCGCUCCCAAGCUCGGUAAAGGUUCAAUGUUUCCUCGAUUUCAGGAAAUGCUUUUCUAUUUCUCAGUACUUAGCAAGGGUCUCCUACUUUUCAAGGUUUUUUAAUGCGAUUGGCCUGCUUGGCUUAAGGAACGCUGGUUUGUCUUUAUUCGUAUUUGCACGGUUGAUUUCGCAGACGACUGAUGUUCCUCUGCCGCAGAUUUUUUGUUAACUGACGAAAUAUUUUGGUUUAUUUACUGAUCCAUUUAGUUGUUUCAAUCUACUUUAGAGAGAAGUAACCAGCUGUUACGCGAUUCAGUCAAUCGUAAGAAUAAGUCAAAAAGGCGAGAAUACUGAAAGUGUUGGUAGCCUUUUGAGAGCUCAUACAAGAAGAAGAACCUCACGCAGUAUCAAAGAACGAUCGGAUAUGCUGGUGGACUUCACGGGAACUGAUUUUAGUGAUCCAAAAACAGGUAUUCAUGCAACAGUUCUCCUAGAAGAUGCAUUCAAAGGUGGAUUUCCACUGUCGCGUAAUUUUUACGUACGAGGUACGUAAGCACGUAGAUUUUACGCGCCUAAAGAAACCGCGAGGCAGGUAUGAAGUGUCGCGCGUAAACGUAAAAGUUGAGCGAGUUUCACCUUCCAUGUUUACGCGCGACCUUUCAUCUACUGCCUCUAUAUUAUUUACGCACGUCUAGUAAUACGCGCCUACGCUUGUAAAAAUUACCCGAAGGGGAAAUCCACUCUAACAAACGUAAUGAGCGGUAACAGUGUUGGUCCGAUCAGUACUUCGAAUUUACUGAAGAGCGCACUCUUGUUGUGGGAAAAGUACUGAGCUAUUAACAACAAAAACAACAACAACAACGAUGAUUGGUAGUGUAGCUUGAAUAACUGAAAAGCUACUACAAGCAUAUAUGCAUAUGAAUCUAGAAAAAAUGGAACUAAAUUGUAUCUGUUAUGGUGUGCAAUGCGGUAUUACUGACCGACGCGAGUCCUACAGAACUUACCGUGGCUCUCUUUUCGCGCUGAUUCGAGAACUGAUUUGCUCAUUUUUGUGUGAAGUGUUCAGUUUUCAGAAUAGCUGAUUUGAUUUUCGUUCAAUGGAACCCAAAAAAGCGCUGCAUUUUCACUCAUUUGAACUCCCGGAGGUUAAUGUCAAAAUUGGUCAAAAGUGAGGAAAAAAACCUGGUGUUCGCUUGCCUAUUCCGAUCUGGUGUAUAUUAAAUAAUGACGUCAGAGGCUUAUAUUUAGUAGUCCUGCGUCCCUUUAUACCCGACCAUUAUCUGGGGCCGCGCUUCUAAUCCACAUUUUGCAAUGAUAUAUCAUCCGACUAAUUCUAGGUUAUAAGUGAAAAGGCUGUUUGAGCCUCUUCUAUCCAGUUGUACCAAUUAUUCUUUUAGUAUUUUUCGUGGAAAAGAGUCAGGAGGAAAUGGCGGAUGUGUUGAGAUACCGUGCGAGGGGAAAAGAUUACUAUCUGUGUGUACACGACAGCGGCGAAGUCAAACUUCAUGUAAGUUGAACAAUGCAUGUACUAAUGAAGAUCUCUGCUUGCUAUUCCUCUAACUGAUAUGAGACAUACACAAAAGGCGCAUGCGUGAUGCAUGCGCAGUUAGCAUAACCUUUUCCGGUCUUAGUUUGUCUUGUUUUUUUCCAGUGUUCCAGUGUCAUACUUCCCGGUGCAAAAAUAGCUAUUCCGGUACUCAAUGUACCCCUUUCGGAUCCCUAAUGAAAUGGUUUCUAUCACCUGCUACAAUGUAACGAUAGCGACUUAAUUUAGUCGAAAUGAUUGGUACGUGAAUACCAUACAGAAACUGGACUGAUAGCUGUGAACUUAAAUCCGCUCUUACACUUACAUUAGCAUGCAUUUAAUCGCAAUUUCUUCUGUCAACAGAAAUUGAUACAGUUUCCUAGAAAUAACAAAUACUUCUUUCUCAUCGAGAAGAUCAAUAAUGGAUUUGAAUCUCCAGUCACUUUUAAAUCACUGAAGACCAAGCAGUAUCUCUACUGUGAUGAGCACGGAAAGGCUUUUAUGGGGAACGCAAACUCUAACGAAGGGCCCAGAGAUCGCCAGGCAUGGUUCACUUUCAUAGAACACAAAGGACACAUAUUGCUGCCGCAUGCUAAUGGUAACGGUGUCGAAUCAGAAGAUGACAAUGUGCAUGCAGAUAUGGAGGACGGAAAUUCUAGGGAUUCGGGAAGAAGAAACUUGGAUAUUCUAGAAAUGGAUAUGUACAGGGAACGCCGUGAACACAGCUCAGAAAUUAUAAUCUACGUAUCAGCAGUAUAA